AUGAGACAGCGCACCAAGGUCUACUUCCUGUCUCUCAUCUUGUUUGCGGUCAGCGUCUGGACCGCAAAAGCCCAGCAUGCAGGGCCAGAUCCAUCCACCUCUCGCGGUCCGAUCGUGCUCACGACAUCAGGGCGGGUGCAAGGAUACGUAGAUUCUACGACGACACCAGUAGCUCUAAACAAGUGGCUUGGCGUCCCGUACGCCGAAGAUACGUCUGGCGCUAACAGAUGGAGGCCGCCUGUUCCCGUUAAAGCAAACUUGAACGAGGUUAUAAACGCCACGGUGUACGGUCCCGCUUGUAUGCAAGGAAGGGCCGACGGUGGCAAUGGGACCUCGAUUCAAAGCGAGGACUGCCUUCGAAUCAACAUCAUAGCGCCCGUAAACGCUAAAAAUCUGCCAGUUUACAUGUAUUCAUAUGGAGGAGGGUUCGACAGCGGCUCAUCAUCCGACCCCAAAAUCGACGGCACAUACCUCGCAGCAAGGGGCAUUGUAUUCGCAAGCUACAACUAUCGCCUGUCUCUCUUUGCCUGGCCACACGCCGCAGAAAUAGCUGAAGCAGGAGAAACGCAAAACUUUGGGCUACUCGAUACCCGUGCGGCGUUGGAAUGGUUGGUGCAAAAUGUCGAGAGUUUCGGUGGAGACCCGAAGAAAAUCACGCUUGGCGGGGAAUCAGUUGGCGCAGAAAUGACAAAUUUGUAUCUUUCUGCGUACCAUGCAGACCCGCUAAUCCGCGGUGCAGUGAUGCAAAGUAGCGACACCGCUCAGCCGAUGUGGCAGCUGAAUGACCAAAUUUCGAAGAUCGCCGUGAACAUGAGCUGCCCGACGGGACGCGGCCAGCUGGAUUGUCUGCGAACAAAGUCUGGCACGGACUUGCAGAAGAUUCUGUUGGCUACUGGGACCCAAUUCCAGCCCGUUACAGAUAAUGUUACUAUUUGGAAAGACUACGUUGCGCAGACGAAGGCCGGUCAUACUGCCAAGGUUCCGUUACUCAUUGGGACUAACAAGGACGAAGGAACUCUAAUCGUCGAGACGGAGCCAACGGCUUACCUGCCUGACAUAUCUCAAUAUAUUAAAAGCAACAAUCUCAAUUUCCCCUUUUCCUCCCUCUCUGCCUUGCAAUCCCUCUACCCCGUUCCCUCGAGCGCCUUCCCAACAGCGUACAACGCCUCGGCCGGCAUGUGGCGAGAUGCGCACAUGCUAUGUCUCGCAUCCAACCUUGCUUCUCUCCGCACCACUGCGCUGCACCUUCCCGUCUGGCGAUAUAGGUUCGAUCUGGUAGCAGCGAAUCUUAACUCGAGGGGUGUGAGGGCUGGGGCAUUCCACGGGGAGGAUAUUAGGUUUGUGAUGGGAACGUGGAGGACGAUUGUGGAUAGUCAGCCGUUUGUGCCUGCGAGUGAGAUGGAAAUAGAGGUGUCGGAUUUGAUGGUGACUGUAUGGACGAAUUUUAUCAAAGACCCACAAAAGGGCCCUCAGAUCCCGGGAUGGAACGUAUUUGACCCGAACGAUACCACGUCCCUUGCGAUAUUGGGACUUAACGUCACGGGUGCGGAUCCCGGAGACCAUUUUGAGGCUGAUAGGUCGUGUGCGUAUUGGAAUACGCUUUUGCCUAGUUUUCCACAGACGUUCCCUAAGUGUGGAAGUUGGACGUGUUGA